AUGUCUAAACGAAGAGCAUGCUCCCCUCGUAGAGAUCUAGUCGUCGAGAAGUCUACAGAUUUCGUCCAAUUCCUAGAACCCAUUCUUUCAACCAAGAAAAAGGAGGAAAUUGCCCUUUGCUUAGUGAAUAUUCAUGAAAAAAUUCCCGAGAGCAAUAUUGCCGCAUUUCUUUCCCCCCUUGUUGAUCAAGAAUUAGAUGCCUAUGGGUGUGUACUNCCCCCUCCUUUGCAACAACCCGACCUUGCUGUUUCCUCAAAAAAGUCAAAAAGCCGUAAAGGUGACACUGCUUGA